AUGUUGCAGCAUGAAGAGCUUUUUGAGGAAGCCCCAUCUGAAGAAGAUGAUCCGGUGGAAUUUGACAAAUAUGUUGGUGUUAAGAUCCGGAAGAAUGAAAAUGGUAUUGACAAAUUUGGAGUUGUUUGCGGAAAAAAAAGAAGAGCAGAUGGCUUGAUGGUUGGUUCGUAUCAUGAGAAGCCUGUCUUGGACACUUCUAUUUAUGAAAUCAAAUGGCAUGAAGGUGAAACUGAAUCCUAUCGUGCAAACAAAGUUAUUGAAGCAAUGAUGAUGAAUGUUGACAAUGACGGUAAUAGUAUUCUCCAUGUAAAAGAAUUCAGUGACCACAGGACGGAUGGCACACGAGUCCAUGCUGAUGAUGGUUUUGUCAUGGUAAAGAAUAAGAAAGUUCCUCGAAGAACUACAAAAGGGUGGUAUCUGUGUGCUCAAAUUCAUGGUGAGGAAGAGACAGAAUGGAUUGAUUUGAAAACUGCAAAGGAGGCCUAUCCAAUUCAGGUGGCCGAAGAUGCUGUUGCUAACAAACUUGUGUCUGAGCCUGCUUUCUCUUGGUGGGUUCCUUAUACAUUGAAGAAGCGUGAUCCUUAUACUUUGAAGAAGCUUGAUAGAAUUCUAAAGGCUGUGAAAAGAAGAGCCUUAACUCGCAAGACUGAGAAAUCCUUGUGCUAUAUUGGAGAAGCUUGGAACGCAUUACAUGCUCAAGCCUGA